AUGGAUCUCGUCAACCACCUCGAAGGAAGACUGCUCUUCGCUGUCCCUAAAAAGGGCCGUCUCCAACAAGCUACGCUGGACCUCCUGGCCGGCUGCGACAUCCAGUUCCGUCGCGAAACCCGCCUGGACAUCGCUCUGGUCAAGAACCUUCCCAUCGCCCUCAUCUUCCUUCCCGCCGCCGAUAUCCCCACCUUCGUCGGUGAAGGCCGUGUUGAUCUCGGUAUCACCGGUCGCGACCAGAUCGCCGAACACGAUGCGCUGCUGCCCCGCGGCGAAGUCUCCAACGUGGAGGAGGUCAUGGACCUUGGCUUCGGCGGCUGCAAGCUCCAGGUGCAGGUCCCGGAGAAGGGCGACAUCACUGAGGCUAAGCAGCUGAUUGGUCGCAACAUCGUCACCAGCUUCACUGCCCUCACUGAGGCGUUCUUUGCCAAGCUCGAGGGCAAGAGCGACGCUGACAAGAGCGAGCUCAGCACUAAGAUCAAGUACGUCGGCGGCAGUGUUGAGGCUGCUUGCGCUCUGGGUGUUGCUGACGGCAUCGUCGAUCUUGUUGAGUCCGGUGAGACCAUGAAGGCCGCUGGUCUCAAGGCCAUCGACACCGUCAUCGAGACCAUCUCCGUCCUGGUCAAGUCCAAGAAGACCCAGAACCCUCUGGUUGACCUGAUCGCUUCCCGUAUCCGCGGUGUCAUCACCGCCCAAAAAUACGUCCUGUGCCAGUACAACAUCCCCCGCGGAGAACUGGCCACCGCCUCCAAGAUCACCCCCGGCAAGCGCGCACCCACAGUGACCGCCCUGGAAGAAGACGGCUGGGUUGCCGUCAGCUCGAUGGUCGAGAAGAAGAAGAUCGCGACGGUCAUGGACGACCUGACCAAGGUUGGCGCAACGGAUAUUCUGGUCCUGAACAUCGCCAACUCGAGAACGGGUUAA